UUUUUAUACUUUUCAACACUACUUAUAUAACAAAUAUUUUGAGAUAGGGACGUAAUCAUGGAGUUCCAGCUAUCCCGUAUUGAUCUCAUGACCGUCGGAUCUACUUCCAUGAAGUCCAUGAAAGUCCUUCCAAAUCCCCCAAAUGCAAAAAAGAUGGUUCAGCGUGUUGCGGUUGCCGACCACAGCGGAGUUUUAACCUGCUUUCAGAUGAAGCGCAGUGAAACUGUCGUAGACUUCAAAACUCUGCCUGGUCCUAAAGUAGAAAGGUUGGAGCUGGGAGGAGCAAAGGGAUCGUUACAAGAAAAGAUAUUCGUAUCCUCCGGAUCAGAAGUGCGGGGCUUCACAAAGCGCGGAAAGCAAUUCCUGAUGUUUGAAACCAACCUGAGUGACAGUAUUAAGUCUAUGUUCGUUUCAGGACCUGAUCUACAUAUAACGGGCCAGUAUAUCUACAACAUGUACACUAAUUGCCAGGAUACUCACUUCUACUUAUCCUGUGAUAAGAUUAACGACAUGAUAGGUAUUCCUGGUACUGGCAAGGAUAUUUUCCCAGUUUUAGGAUGUCAGGACAGGGUACUGAGAGUGUUAUCAGGAAGUGAGCUGCUCUACGAAGCAGAAGUUCCAGGUUCGCCCGAAACUCUAGCUUUAUUUGAUAUUAUGAGUGGCUUCGGACACAAUAAUCUCAUAUAUGGCACAAAAGAUGGGAUCAUAGGUCUCUGUACUGUCAAUAAAGACAAUCCCUGCCACAGAUGGGAAAUAGCAAACUCAAAUAAUCUAGGAGGGAUCACUGCAAUCGACACAUAUGAUGUAAACAACGAUGGGGUGUCUGAAUUGGUGAUUGCAAGAGAUGAUGGUACUGUCGAAGUCUACUCUAUCUCGGAAGGCCAACCCAAAUUGAUAACCUCAAAGAAUGUUUCAGAAUCCAUCACAUCAAUCGGAGCAGGACUGAUCACAUCUGCUGGACAUGCAGAUGUAGUGGUAGCAACAUACCCUGGGCACGUGAUCAGUUUGACAUCCCAGGUAAAGUCUCACGUGGCACAGAACAUUAUAUCACCCUCUGCCAAGACGAAGCUAGAUGAUCUGAAGAAAGAUAUUGAGGAUCUCAAGCGACAAGUUCUGGCCGAGCGUGAAAAGUAUCAAAAGUCUGCCGGUUCGGAUUCUGCUAUCAGUGCGGUUGUAAAGUUCCAUGUUAAUGAUAAGUUCACUUUAAACCCGGUCGAUGCUAAUUAUCUGCUAUCAAUAGAAAUUCAGAUGCCAAUCGAGAACGUUCUGCUGCAAUGUGACGUGCCCAUAGAUCUGCUAGACGUGGAAAGGAAUUCAGCUGUAGUCAGCCACAGUGCAUGUGAUCCAGAGGAUAAGAACUACCUCCUCGCAACAUACAGAUGCCAAGCUAACACUACCAGACUGGAUGUAAAAGUGCGGUCUAUAGAGGGACAAUACGGUACACUACAAGUGUACAUCACCCCCAGGAUCCAACCAAAGACUUGUCAACUUAAGCAAUACCAGAUCAAACCUCUUUCUCUUCAUCGCCGUACCCACAUUAUCGACAGUGACCGUCCCAUGAACACCUUGAAGCUGAGCGGUAAGUUCAGUCUUGGUGAGGUGCAUUCCUGGAUUGGAUAUUGUAUCCCUGAGGUACCUGACAAGUGUCCUUCUGGGGAGUCUAUAACGAUGUUCUUUCAGAGUACAUUCCUGGACACUCAGUUAGAAUGUAAUUACAGACAAGGGGCUGUUGAGUUCAGAUCUGAUAACAUCAGCACUAUUUCCAUUCUCAAGGACGUCAUCACCAAGUUAGCUACCCAGAGGAAAAUUGCUGUGAACAUUACAUACGAGCUGAAUGAAGAGUCAAUCCCCCAUUCACUUAGACUAAUACAUCCUAAGUUAGACGAGCAGCUUCUCCUUGCUAAGAAAGUUCAACUGAUUGAUGCUUUGAAGGAACUUUCCAUGCACGAACCAAACUUGGACUUUCUCUCCCCGGAGUACAAGGACAUUAUACUGAACGCAGAUAAGCUUCAAGCAGCCUUCAAACUCCAGCCCUGUCAUCUGGAGAGGUUGUAUGGCAUGAUUACAGAUCUUUACAUUGACAAGUUCAAGUUUAAGGGACUAAAUGUGAAGAGUAAAGUUCCGAUGUUGCUGGAAGUUCUGGAUAACUACGAGCUUGAAACGCUUGUUGAUUUCUUUGAGAUAUCUGCUGUAUGAGGAUUGAGGGUUCAGUGUAAAUUGUUGUCAUUUAGUUAUUUACUUUUGGUAUCUAUCGAUACUAAUAAAGUUAUCGAGAUCGAUCGGCAAUAGAAUUUACAUCUUUGAAGUUCAUUCACGAUAAAUAUGUACAUGUUUACUGAUGCAGAUGGGCCACUGGGACUGAUUAAAUCUUGAAAAUUUGAAAGGAAUCAUGGCAAUACAGUUUUUAGCUAUUUAAGAUAUUGUAAAUUAUGUUAAAUGUACAAAAAAUUGUACAUAAAAUUCAGAGUCAGACGUUUCAGAUGAAUAAAAUUAACGGUUUUAAUAAGGUUAUUAUUUCUUUAUUUGAUACUGCCGGGCAGUUGUAACUAACAUGAACAGGUACAUCACUUUUAAGGGAUAUGACGGGUCGUCAGAUUCAUAUACAUAUUUUUCAUUAAUUGUGUUCAAUGUUAGGAUAUAAUCAUAAAAUAUUUAAUUUAUUUGUAAAUAAUAGUUCAGCUUAUAUCU